AUGCUUGCCAUUCUACCUCUUUUCCUCCUUACUCUGCUCCCGGCAGUCUCUGCCCAAGAGUCCGACAAGGAGGUAUUGGCCCAUUUUGCGACCACAGGCAACUGCUUUGUCUAUGAAACCACCGGAGAUAUCAAGAAGGGAGCGUCCCCAUGUAAGACGUGGUGCCCGAAAAACAAGGACAGCGAGGGCCUGGGAUGCCGUACACCAGUGACGGAUUUUAGUAAAGUCGAUCAAUCUUUAAUCAACAAGGAUGACGAUGGUAAUAGAUAUCUCGCUGGAGACUGCCUGUGCGGUCACCCUGAGGAUUAUCUACCUCUGGUCCAGCCCGUGAUCGAAGCCCUAUCGCAAUUGGACAAUAUAAUCUGCGCUGUCUUCCUGCAGAGUCUCGAGACGGUCGUCGAAAUUGGCAUCGACGCUGUUCCCGGUGGUGCAGCGGUCAACGGAGUCCGAAAGGCUGUCGAGGGCGCCAAAACUUUCACAGAAAAUGCCCUCGAUGCCUCCUCCUUCUUUGGAAAUUGGGUUGGAAAGGCCUGCAAAGUGCCGGAUUGGAAUUUCGACUACAUGGAUGCUAUCUUCGGUGGAUUGAACAAGGCAUCAGAUUCUUACGGCAAGAGCAAGGGGUGUUUCCAGAAGAAGAAGGGAAUUUGCAAGAAGGGUGGCAGUAAGGGUGACGGGAAUGAUGGUAAAGAUGGUAAGGACGGUAAGGACGGUAAGGACGGUAAGGACGGUAAGGACGGUAAAGAUGGUAAAGAUGGUAAGGAUGGAAAGGAUGGCAAAGAUGAUAAGGAUGGUAAGGAUGGCAAGGAUGGCAAGGAUGGUAAGGAUGGUAAGGAUGGCAAGGACGACGACAAUAAGGAUAAGUGCAAGGGGAAAGAAGGCAAGGGCAAAGAAUGCAAGGAUGAUUCAUCGUCCUCGAAGGACAAGAGCGCCACUAAAUCUGGCGAUAACAAGAAGACUACGACGAAGCCCUCGACCAAGACUGGGGAUAGCAGCAGUACUACCUCCUCUAGGAAGAGCAAAAAGAAGUCCAAGACCAAGUCGUCCUCGUCGACCCCUCUUAUCCGAUCGUCGACUCCAUUCACCCCAAGUAGCACGCCAACACCGACUCCAACCCCAUCGCCAACUCCGAGUAGCACGCCUGCUUACUACUAG